UCCGAGAAACGCGCCAUUGACAGUAGAUGGGCAACUCUGGGUCGGGCCACCUAUAGCCUAUAGCAAAAUUUUCUUUUGGGCCAAGUUUUUUGCUAGUGGGUUUCUAGAGUUGGACCAAAUAGGAUCUCAGGAACCUUGAUCCGGUUGAAGAUCCCUUCGCGAACAAAACCUAAUAAAUAUGAUGGGUUGGUCCUUCACAUAAUUCUAAAGUAACUCCUCAUCUUAUCAGAUAAUAGUCAACUCAUAAAUGACAAUACUGAAGAGUAUAACUAGACCAUAACCAUCACUAACUAUUUUUCAUGAUCAGUCUAUUCUGUAUUUUAUUUUAUUUUUCUAUUAACCAUCACACUAAAAUCACGUUACUCAAAACUAUCAUCACAGUCGCCUAUAUAUACGCUAUAUAUUAAGUUGUUAACUUAGCUCUGCGCUAGUAGUGAGUUCUCAUCCUUCUCAUUCUUGCACUUGAGUGCUGUUCAUCCUUCAAUGGAAUUUCAUUUUGUCCUGACACUUAUCUUAACAUGGCUUCCUGUAGCUAUAAAUCAGGUUCAAACCCCAGAGGUCUACUGGCAGUCAUUGUCGCCUAAUACUCCAAUGCCUAAGGCCCUUCGAGAUCUUCUACCAUCUGAGCAGAAGAGUUUUGAAGAUAAUGCUAUUUCUAUAGAUAUCGGUGGCGUAGGAGUAGAUGUGGGCAAAGGAGUUUCAGUAGAUGUCCAGCCACCAUUCAUCCAAGAUGCAAAACCAUUCCUGUAUACUUAUGGGGCCUCUGAGUACGAACUCAUAACCAACCGAAACGUGACUCUGUUCUUCCUAUACAAAGAUCUACAUCCAGGAACAAAAAUGAAUCUCUAUUUCACCAAAUUUGCAGCUAAAACUAAGUUCUUACCUCGCCAAGUUGCUCAGAUGAUACCAUUCUCCUCAAACAAGUUCUCAGAAGUCCUUCACAAAUUCUCUAUCAAGCCUAAUUCAACAAAAGCUGAGAUAAUGAGGAAGACAAUAGAAGAGUGCGAGGAGCCAGCACUAUUGGGCGAGGACAAGUAUUGUGCUACAUCAUUGGAAGCAAUGGUGGAUUUUGGGAUUUUGACGCUUGGAAAAAAUGUUCAAGCUUUGGCCACGCAAGUUGAUAAAGAGGAUACACAGCAUCAAGAAUUUAGCAUCAUCCGAAAAGUUAGAUUAGUUGGGAGCAAGAUAGUAGCAUGUCAUUUCCAAAACUACAUUUACCCUGUAUUCUACUGCCACAAAACAUGUAACACUAAGGCUUACAUGGUUCCAUUGGUUGGAGCAGAUAAAACCCAAGUCAGCGCUGUUGCUGUAUGCCAUACCGAUACAUCAAAGUGGAAUCCCAUGCACUUGGCUUUCCAAGUUCUUAAGGUUGAGCCUGGGACUGUUCCUAUUUGUCACUUCCUACCAGAAGGCCACAUCGUCUGGGUUGCUAAUUAGAUCAAAGGAGCUACGAGACAAUCACAUUGCACCUUAUCUUGACUUCUAAUUCUCACAGUACGAAUGGAUAUUUACCAUGUUGCUUCUUUUUUCAUUGUGUAUUUCUCAUUUUGUCAAUGUAAAUGAUAAGUACAAACU